UUGCUUUAGGAAUGCUAAUUCAUGCUGUAUUUUUUCUCCUCCUCUGUGCUUGGUGUAGUCUGUGCCUGUCGGAUAGAGCAGACUUCAGACAUGGUGUAGGAUAUCAGGAAAGGAACAAGCGAUUGAAGUUGAGACAAGGCCUGUGCUGAGGCUGGAGGGGAGAGUGAAGGAUCGAUAGUAGCCGUGGAUCGGACACAGGCAGGCGGAGGCUCCUUAUGGAGAAGGAGCAGGGCAGCGUGGCCUCCAGUGCCAGUGUCACCAUCCCCAGCACCACCUCAGCCUCCACCGUAUCAAACUCCUCCGGCAGACAGCAGCCUGUGCCUCAGAUAUCAGUCUAUGGAGGAAUGACGGACAGACAGACCGUUCAGGUCAUCCAGCAGGCCUUGAACAGGCAGCCCAGCUCAGCGGCAGCUCAGUAUCUACAGCAGAUGUAUGCAGCUCAACAACAACACCUCAUGCUUCAGACCGCAGCACUACAGCAACAGCACCUGAGUCUGGCUGCAGUGCAGCAGGCUAGUAUAGUGGCAGGAAGACAAAGCUGUAAUCUGAAUGGCACUACAUCCCAGCAGACUGUGGCCUCCCAAACCACUCAGAUAAACCUGGCCACAUCCCCAGCGGCAGCUCAUUUGAUCAGUCGAGCCCAGAGUGGGAGCUCUGUUCCGGUCUGCAUUGCCCAACAGGCCGUUCUGCUGGGAAACUCCUCCACACCCACACUCACCGCCAGCCAAGCACAGAUGUAUUUACGAGCUCAGAUGGCACAGCAAACUAAUCUUGUGCAAGUAGCUAGGAGCCUAGGACGAGCUGUUCCUUUGUCCCCUCAGCUUAUCUUCACCCCAGCUGCCUCAGUCACAGCAGUUCAGUCAAUCAAUACGCCGCCCAUCAGUGGACAGGUGCAGAACUUGGCUCUCCGUGGCCAGCAGGGGGUGCUCACUUCCUCCCUCUCUCAGUCUCAGUUACAGAGCCUAAAUGUGAAACAGUCCCCCGGGGCGUCAGCGCAGAUUACUUUGACUAGCCAGCAGGUGGCCCGACUGAAGAGUCCUGGAGCGGAGCCGAACCCUCAGGGAGCUGCUGUAAAGUGCUGUCCUGCGGAAACGCCCUUAGAGACUGUGGGAAAAAACGUCAAAACCAGUGACCUCACAACACGGGAGCUGAACUUGUGUCCCAAUGUGACCUCAGUGGCGGGGCAUCCUCUCAUCAGCACAGCAUAUACCCAAAUUCAGACCCAUCAGCUGCUCCAGCAGCACAAGCAUCAGUUUGUGAUACAGCAGCAGCCUCAGAUACUGCAGAGAGGUCAAGCUCAGCUCUUAGAAGCUGCCACCAUUCAUCCUCACACAGUGCAAGCUGUGGCCAUUCAGCCUGCCCUGCCAGCUCAGCCUCAACAGUGCCCUAUCCCUUUGCUGCCCAAAGUGCCUGUUACCUGCCAACAAGCCACCAUCUUCCAUUCCACUACUGUGAGUCAGGAGGCACUUGCCCAGAAUGGACAGCCGCCCAUGCUGAGCCACAGCAAAGCAGCACCUCUACAGCUUACUGCAGUUAAUGUCCAGAUCCAGCCAGUUCAAACUCAACUGGAAGUAGCCACACUGGAUGUGUCAGAUAAGGACGACCCUGAUCCUCUCGAACCGCAGCGGCUAUCCAUAACAACACAAGUGCCAACCCGGACAGAACAAUCCCAUUCAGUCAAACAAUCUCAUCAAACAGGCAGAGUGAAUGUGAAGGCAGGUGUGGGUUCACCUCUAGCCAUGACCUCGGGCAGCGGGAACAAUGCGCCCACGGUGACUGGCAGCGCUCCGCAAAAUGGCGAGAGUAAACCGCCGCCACAGGCGGCAGUAAAGCCCCAGAUCCUCACGCAUGUCAUCGAGGGAUUCGUGAUUCAGGAGGGAGCUGAGCCUUUUCCCGUUGAACGUCCGUCCUUGCUGAUCGAGAAUUUAAAGAAGCAGAAGCAGUCUCAGACCUUUCACAAUGCAGACUCUGAGAUGGAGGACCUUUCACAGCAAGAGCUGCUGAAUAAUCAGAUCGCCGAGCCAGUGCUGGCAUGUGAAUUCUGUGGGAAUCUAGACUUCGCUUUUAACUUCAAAAGAUCCAAGCGGUUUUGUUCUACGGUGUGUGCAAAGAGGUACAAUGUUGGAUGCACAAAACGAAUGGGACUUUUCCCAAGAAAAUCAACUUCGGAGAGCCCAAAGAAACCAAAAGCCUCCAACGCCAAUCAUCAAAACAGCAGCAUGGAUAUCAGGAAACGGAAUCCAAGGGCUCGAACAGCCAUGGGAGCGUCUCUGUUGUCCUCGCACUCCUCUCAUCCAUGUCACGGUGAUUCCAGCCAGUGCUCAGACAUGUCCAGUUACGAAGAGCCUAUUUCGCCACUGUCCAACUCAAGCUAUGGAACCCAAAGGCUUCCGAACAAGGAAAGAUUCGAUCACAGUAGAGAUCUCCCUCUCCUCACGCAGCACUUCCUGGCCAGCGACCCCGCCAAGUGGAACGUCGAGGAUGUUUAUGAAUUCAUCUGCUCUCUGCCAGGCUGCCAAGAGAUCGCAGAAGAGUUCCGCUCUCAGGAGAUCGAUGGCCAGGCCUUAAUGCUCCUCAAAGAGGAUCAUCUCAUGAGCACCAUGAACAUCAAACUUGGUCCCGCACUGAAAAUCUUUGCCCACAUCAGUAUGCUCAAGGACUCGUAGCCUUUCCCACAGCUCCAUCUGGUUUGGAAAGGACACCCUAACACCUCUGCACUGGUUUUUCUCAUCCCAUUGUUGCUUUGGGUCCUGGGGAUUGCUGCUCCUCAAAGCCACAAACUUGUGUACAGUUCUCGUCACAGUUGAACGAUUUCAUCCCUAAAGCAUGAUGGCGUGACUCGAUUACAAAUCUCUUGUGUAUUCAGCUGUGCCAGGCCUGGGAGGGGGCGACAAUCCAUCAUGUCAAGAAGACAAGCACAAGUACUUUGCCAUUUGUGCAAACAAAUGUUCAUCGUAUAGUCGCAUGCGAACAGGUUUACAGUAUUUUCUGUUUUGUACUGGACUUGUGAUUUGUUUGUCAUAAAGUGAUAGUUCUGGUU